AGCUCGGAAUGGAACGCUGAUGUUCAAUAUUUUACCAUUUGAUACAGGUGUCCCUCCAAAUAGCCGAUGCAUACUAUCCUGACUAUUAUUCUCAUAUCUGUGGUGGGACCCUUGUUAGUCCCAACUGGGUCAUGACUGCUGCCCACUGUAUCCUAACGACAAUUGGAACAAAUUACCAAGUGGCUCUUGGCGAGCACAAUCUCUUUGAGUUGGAUGGCACUGAAUAUUUUAUUGGUGUGGACAAAAUAUUCAUUCAUGAAGACUGGAACCCUUAUGAUAUUGGGAAUGGAAAUGACAUUGCCUUGCUGCAUCUCUCUUCACCGGCCUAUAGUAACGGCUUUGUUGAGACAGGAAUGCUUCCGGCUGAAGGCGACAUUUUGCCUAAUAAUUCUCCAUGUUAUAUUACUGGAUGGGGAGUGUCUAGCGCUGGUGGCAGCACGCCUGACAAACUUCAAGAAGCGAUGCUCCCAGUGGUUGACCAUGCCAUCUGCUCUCAGCCUAACUGGUGGGGCUCUAAUGCAAAGGAUACCAUGGUGUGUGCUGGUGGAGAUGGCGUGAAGGCCGGGUGCAGUGGCGAUUCAGGGGGCCCUUUGAAUUGUUACAGGAAUGGUUACUGGCAAAUCCAUGGCAUUGCUAGUUUUGCGAUUGUCCCCUUCUGCGACACCUAUCAGAAGCCUACAGUCUUCACACGGGUAUCAGCUUUCAUCCCCUGGCUCUAUAAUACUAUGAAGAAUAAUGGUGGAUUUUAAGGAUCAGCG